CGAGUACUCCUUGAUCCCUGACUCCGACCUACUGUGCACAGUUGUACAAAACAUGUCUCGACCCACGCUCCUCCACCGACCGUCCAGCGUGGCAGCUGCAAACAAGACCAUCAUACUGGUGACCGGCGGCAAUGCAGGGAUAGGCUACGAGACGGUCAAGAAACUGGCACUAGAAAAUCCGACGUUCCAAGUCCUCAUGGGCUGUCGGGACACCCACAAGGGAGAAGAAGCGGUCGCGUCCAUGGGGGCGCCGAUCAACGUCAACCCGAUCCAACUCGACAUCACCGACGACGAGUCCGUCGAGCAUUGCUACCUGGCCAUCACGCAGCACUUUGGCCGACUGGACGUCCUGAUCAACAACGCCGGCACGGGCGGCAGGGAGCUCCCCGCCGACGCGACGCUGCGCGACAGGUACAACUUGACCUACAACGUCAACGUCAUCUCCACGGCCGUCUUGACCGACAAGUUGAUCCCCUUGUUGGAAAAGUCCAAACUGCCCAAGAUCAUCUUCGUUUCUUCGGGACUCGGGAGCGUCCAGCGGACGCUACAACGUGGCAAGCCCUACCCCGUCCCGUGGUACAGCUCGAGUAAGUCAGGCGUCAACGGGGUGGCGGUGUACUAUGCGAAGCUGUACCCCGACUUCAAAGUCAACGUCGUGUGCCCGGGCCUGUGCGCGACAAACUUGAACGGGGCAGAGUUGAACGAGGAAACGCAUCCCAAGCACGGCGCUGUGCGGGUGGCGCAGCUGGUGGCAGAAGGUCCAGAUGGGGUUACCGCGACUUAUUCUAAUUCAGAAGGCACGAUACCGUGGUAGUUUGGAGAUCGUUUUCAUCCUUUUGCCCUAUCGUGGUAGCAAAGCCUGAUUUUCAUCCGGAGUGUCGGGACUGUUCUCUGACGAUGCUGUCCUUGUCCUUUCACGCCUGC